AUGAGAACCUACGACGACAGUUUCUCGGGCCAGCGGAUUUACCCCGGCAAGGGUAAGCUGUACGUCCGUGGCGACAGCAAGAUCUUCCGCUUCCAGAACGGCAAGUCCGAGUCGCUGUUCCUCCAGCGCAAGAACCCCCGUCGCAUUGCCUGGACCGUCCUCUACCGCAGGCAACACCGCAAGGGUAUCUCAGAGGAAGUCGCCAAGAAGCGCACUCGCCGCACCGUCAAGUCGCAGCGUGCCAUCGUUGGUGCUUCGCUCGAUGUGAUCAAGGAGCGCCGCUCGAUCCGCCCGGAGACCCGCAGCGCGGCCCGCCUGGCUGCCAUCAAGGAGAGCAAGGAGAAGAGGCAGGCUGAGCAGGCGGCCAAGAAGGCCGAGAAGGCCAAGAACGCUGCCGCCGCGUCCAAGGGCCAGUCUGGCGGCCGCAUCGUCGGCAAGCAGGGUGCGAAGGGUGCGCAGCAGAAGGUCGCCGCCAACACCCGCUAA